AUGGCAGACACACCACUCAAAACCUACCAUGGCGCCUGCCACUGCAACAAAAUCAAAUUCUCCCUUGCCCUCCCAGAGAUUAAAACUUUCACGGAAUGUAACUGCAGUAUUUGUUUUCGCAAAGCGUAUGCGUGGGUGUUCCCACCUGCUGGGAGUUUGGUCUUUGAGGAUGGGUUUGGGGAGGAGGGAUUGCGAGCUUAUGAGUUUGCGGCUAGGAGGAUGGAACAUAGAUUUUGCAAAAGUUGUGGAACUGGUAUAAUGGGGAAAGACAUGGCCAGGACCUUGAAGGACGUUGAUAUUGAGAGCCUUACUGGGAAUAAAUUCGACGGAGCGACCCUCGAACCUCAUUUCACCCCUCACAAAUUCCAUGGAACACUUCCAAUGACAGGAACCCCGGAUUCUAAAACUUGUUUUGGUUCUUGUCACUGUGGGGCCACAACCAUGGCUUUGCAAGCGAAAGAAUUGGUUGAGGAUAAUGAGUUUAUCCAAAAGUGCAACUGCAGCAUUUGCUCAACCCGCGGUUCCAUCCUCAUCUACCCUCAUACCUCAGCAUUCACAGCAGCGACCUGUAGUCUUCAACCUUUGGUACCGUACACUUUCGGACCUCGUCUUCAGGAACAUCUAUUCUGUCCUAUGUGCGGAGUUUACGUCUAUAUUCGCAAAAAGGAUGAUAUUCCUCUAGAGAAGUUUAGGAAAUAUGGUGGAUCAAAAAGUCAAGGGCUUGGAGACGAGGAGUUGAAGGAGAAAAUGAAGGUGUGGGAGGGCAUUGUACCUGUUAAUCUCAGGUGCUUUGAAGGUGUUGAGUGGGAGAAGCUGAAUAUCAAAAAGGGUGAUUGGAAGGGUUGGUUGGAGGGUGAAACGUUUGAUGACUUGGACGGAAGUGAGAGGAUGUUCUUGAAGGAAUUCUCUUCUACUGGGUUCUGA